UUCCAUCACUUCAUCAGAUAACAACCUAUCUUACAACUUGUUGAGCUCCCCAAAAGAAAAACAAAACAAAACAAAACAAAACAAAACAAAACAAAACAAUGGCAAUUCCUAACAUUUCAAGCAACAAAAGGUCCUCAGAGAUUGUCUUUUUCGACUUGGAAACAAAUGUUCCAUCGAAACCUGGACAGAAAUUUUGGGUGUUGGAGUUUGGUGCAAUGGUAGUUUGUUCAAGAAAGCUUGUUGAACUUGAAAGCUACUGCACCCUUAUUAGGCCAGGUGACUUAUCAGUUGUGGGAUUAAAGUCAGGGAGAGUCGACGGGAUUACGCGAAAAGCAGUUACUGAUGCACCUUCAUUUGAAGAAGUUUCAGAAAAAAUCUUCAGUAUUUUGGAUGGUAGGAUUUGGGCAGGUCAUAAUAUACAGAGAUUCGAUUGUGUUCGUAUUAAAGCAGCGUUUGAUGAAAUUGGACGCCCUGCACCUGUUCCUGUUGGACUUAUUGAUUCCUUAGGUGUUUUGUCUGAGAAAUUUGGUAAAAGAGCUGGAAACAUGAAGAUGGCAUCAUUGGCAGCUUACUUUGGUCUCGGGGAGCAAAAGCACAGGAGCUUAGAUGAUGUUCGGAUGAAUUUGGAAGUCCUAAAACAUUGUGCGACAGUUCUAUUUCUUGAAUCAAGUCUACCAGAUUUGUCAAUUGGGAAUUGUGAAGGCACUUCCAGCGUUACUACAAGAAGUAGAAGCCAAGUGCAAAAUCUUCCAAGUUCUCCGAUCGAUAAGUGGCAGAAUAAUCCUUCCUCAAUAACGACAAGGAGUAGCAGAGGGAAACUUCCGUGCAGAGAAGAAACAAGCCGGAAAUCUCCUCCUGCAUCGACAAGUGCUCUUGGAUAUCACAGAGCUGUUCCUUAUGCAAGGCAAAGCUUGGGAAAGGUGACUGUAGGUGUAAGGAAUUUGUUAUGUAAAGCUCAAAACAAGCCUCUCAAUACUUUAUUGAAGCAUUCAUCAACUCUUUUCCGAGGAGUAUGAAGAACCAGUUCUUCUCAUUUUAAGGAGCAAGACCAUCAAAGGUUUCAACUCUGUUGGAUAAGUUUGCAUGUAUUUAAGUAAAAGAAUUCAAGCAUAAGGUGCAUACAUGGAAGUUAACUUUCUGAGAAAAUGUCUGGAGGAGAUUUUUUUGUCCCCCUAUGACUGAGAAAUUAAUGGACUUGGUUGGAACUUGGAAGCUAUGAAGAUCACAUUGAAGUCCCAGUUAGUAAUCAAAUUCCAGUUGCUAAUUCAAGCUCUAAAUUCCAGGGAUGCUAACCUUAUCAUCUGAUUAACCAAUUUGUAUUCUUUGAUUACUUAUUCUUUCAUUCUUUCAGUUGUGGAACUCUGUAAAUGUUUGUACAUCUCAAUUAAUAAAUAUCAGCUGAUAUUCUUUGAUUCUA